AUGUCACUGGGCAGGGCGGCAGACUUUACUGUUCUUGGCACGUUCUUGCAGAUUGGCAUAGAUGGGCAACGAUUAGUCCAUAUCAAUGUCAAACCUGCAUCGGAUCAACUUCGUCAGAUUUGCCUUUCGCAGUUAACUGCAUCGGACCAAGAGAUUGGCCGUCGCUUGCCUCAGCUGGCAGAGCGGGUAUCUAGCAGGAUCUGCUCGGAGUGCAAGCAGCGGAAGGAUCAGGCCUUGUUUUCCAGGACGGAAUGGGCCAAGAAAGACUCCGUCUCCCGUUGUCUCGAGUGCAAGCCAGUGGAUGCCAAUCUACAGAAGCGUGCCAAGAACAGUAAAGUCUGCGCUGGCUGCAAUGUGGGCACUCCUCGGGCUGGCUUUACCAAAACGCAGUGGGCCGCGGGCGUGAAGUCCAAGUGCCCAAAAUGCGUUGAGACAGCUGCCCUGGAGCAGUGCAAGCUGACCAAGACUUGUGAGACCCACGAUCAGCUGGUGCAAAGAUCGGUGCAAAGCUUAGCCGCUGCGGAUCCGGACGGAUGGCGCAAAAAUUUCCACCUUCGUAUGCUUGGCCCUGAUCAUGGGGGCAUACCCGCCAAGGAAAAAGUUGCGUUGCUGCAGGCUGCACAUGAAGAUUGUAGCCACACCGGCGGACGUCACGCGGUCAUCCGAGCCAUGAAAGAAGUGGGAAAAACUUGGAACAACAUUGCCCUCGAUGGAGAUUGGAUAGUUCGACGCUGUGAGCUCUGCCGCUCCAACAGCACGCGUGAGAUGGGAAAGGCAGACGUCCGACACUUGCCGACGCCUUUACACUCAGGUGAUGUCAUCGGCUGGGACCUAAAAGCAGUGACCCCGCAUGAUGAGCCGAAGUGGUCUAUGCUUCUCGCGCUCGAUUUCACCAGCGGGAAGACUUGGACGUGGGCUCUGGAUUUCGGUGAAGCCACUGCCGUCAAGGUCCAGGAGCUGAUGCUCAAGUUCUAUGCGGACAACGAACUCCCAGCUAUAUGCUGGACUGACAAUGGUGGCCAGUUCCGCAACUUGCUCACGACUGCCAUCGAGGCCACACUGGGAGUCCGUCCCCGAACGAUCCCGCCGGGACGCCCCCAGGCAAACGGGCUGGUGGAAUGCCACAACCGGCUGCUAGACCUGGCGCACGCCGGACAGAGGAGCCGCCUCCUCGCGGCGACGGUGGCUGUAAACUCCCGCAUCCAUCAGCGGUAUGGCGUCAGCCCAGAAAGCUUGUGGCGCUCACUGCGACCCACCGAAAGUCGUUGGAAGAAUCUACAGCUUCGCGGCAUCAUGCAUGGGGAGGCCAAACCCAUUUCCGAGGCCGAUUGGCUACGUUUCCUCGAUGAGAGCCAGGCUGGUCUCACGCCAGAGUACGUGCAGCAGGCAACUGAGGCGCUCCACAAGGUCGUGGCCCCAAUUGCUGGCGCCCUCAACAACAAGAAGAUGCGUGAGGCCAUGAAGCGGCACCUGCGCUAUGCCAGGAAAAGGACGCAUCGCAGCACUAUGCCGCUGAUGUCGGGCCACCGUGUCAUCGCACGCAACAGCCAAUACACGACGAAGACCGGGCGUGGCAAGUUCGAGACCCUGGGCGGUGAAGUGCGAGAGUUCACAAUCCUCUCAGUCUCGCAGGGUUUCGUGAGCCUCAAAGACAACAAGACCGGUCACGAGUAUGUCAGAUACGAAGCCAGUCUCAAGCUCAUGCCAAUCCAGCUGGAGGCGGAUGACACAGUCAUGGCGGAUGGCGGCUGCCUUUACAGGGCCUUGCACAUGGGCAUGCAGCUGCGUGGUGGCAUCGCAGCCGAGGCUUUGCAGGACGACGACGCUGGCGCGCAGAGCCUGCGUAGCCAGGUCUGCUGCUGCAUGCAGAAGUACCUGGACUCCCUGACGCCCGGACGGCUGCGCCAGGUGACAGAAGCCGUAUGCGUGGAGCCUCUGCGUGAUUUAGAGCUUGCCUCUUCGGAUGCCAUGUCGGACAACGGAGGGUUCAACUGGGGCACAUACUUUGCGUACGCCAUGAAGCCACGCACGUACGGCACCUUCUGCAAUCUGGCGGCGUUUGUGCGGAUGUCUGGCAUCCCUAUCGAAGUCUACUCUUGGCGCGACGGCUUGGAGCUUGUGUGGACUGAGAACAACGACGGGGCUGCUGGAGGCCGUCCAAUUGCACUGCUGCGUGGGAAUGUGCACUUUGAUCUACUCGCUCUGAAAGAGCCGGGAACAUCGCUUCCCAUCAAGCCUA